AUGGGGCCCCCCGACCCGGAGGAUACUUUGGCGUCGAUUGGUUUCCCAGACCCUGAUGAUCCUGAUGAGGAAAAGUUUUCCGAAUAUCUAUCAUCGCCAAUUGUUACUGUCAUCGUCGGCCCCUCUGACUCAGCUCGAACCUUCCACUUACACUCACGCCUUUUAGUUAAGGCCUCCACCUAUUUCAAAACUGCUUUGCAACGGGAUCGUUUUACUGAAGGCCAAGAGCAGAAAGUGGAACUUGAGGAUGUUCAUCCCGCUGCCUUCGGUUUCUUUAUUGAGUGGCUCUAUCGAGAUGGCUGGGAGAACGGGUCAGAGACAUCUCAAUUGCAUGAAACCAUCAUUCCUCUCUAUGUGCGAGUAUAUAUACUCGGUGAGAGACUUUUCUGUCCUCGAAUGCAGGAUGCAGCAGCGGAGGUAAUCUACAAGAGCUUGGAUGGAAUGGGCUCUCGCUACUCUAAUACGGUUGUAUGUGAUCUACUGGAAAUCGCGGAGACAGAGAUGGGCUGUAGGAUCUCCGAUGAUCCUCUCGGUGACCGGAUUCUGUGGUUGGCAGUACAGAGGCUGGAGAAGCUGCAGAAAUUUGACAGAUUCGCAUCCCUUCUACAGGAGCAUCAGGAACUUGCAAUGCAUCUUUGCAUGCGUGCUGGGUCGAAAAAUUGGAACAAUAAAAGAAAAUCGAGUGGUAGAUUUAAGCAGGAACGUAUAUAUUGA